GCCAUCAGAUCUUGAUUUAGCCACAGUCCUCACGGGCCAUCCGGCAGAGCCAUGCUACACUCCACAGCUAGAUCCAAACUAUCGCUAGAGGCUUCUCGUGGAGCAGGUUGCUCGAGUACCUGAGAGAUGCUUUCCCAAGAUGGAUCCUCAUAUCCAGGCCAUGGCCCAAACUGACUUCUCCUUUCCCCGUGAAACAAAGGAUACCCUUCGGAGCAUAAAGAAGCACAUAGAGGUCAUUGAGAAAGCUUGUGCACAGUUUUCUCAAGACAACCUUCAUGCUGCCAUACAAGUAGAGGAGGAGGAAGAAGAAGGCAAUCAUGAGGAUGUUGAGGAGCGUACAGAAGUUGUCACGGAAAGCUCCCAUGAUAAUCGUGAUCAAGUGUAUCCUCUGGUGGUAGAUUACAACUGUCCCCAUUUCCGCUCUGAUAUGCUGGGCCCGAGCGAUGAGAUGCAAGAUGAUCUCAUUGAAGAAAUUACAUGGCGACUUGCUCUCCAAUCUGUGCUAGAAGAAGAAGAGCGAGAAAGGGUGAGGGAAGAAGUUGUGGAGGAUGAGGAAGAAAGUAAAGAAGAGGAAGUUCUUGAUCUUUUCCAAGGGGAGAGGCCACAUUCUGAUGAAGGCAGGGGGGUUGAAGAAGCAAGUGGUGUACAGGCUGAGGAUGAAGUUGAGGUGGAAGAGGCUUGCACCGGCCCUAUAAUACAAGUAAUAUCCCCACCAAACUUCGAGGAACUGCUUAUUAAGGACCCAUUUGCAGUGCCUCUUUGUCAGACCAAGGCCACAUCGACAUCGGUUCCUCUUGGUGGAUGCGAUGGUGGUCAAUCAAUGCGGUCAUAUCUAGUUUGGGUCAAUGAGACGAGAGAAGAGAAGAAGCGGUCUCGAGGGUGGAGACGCUAUCUGCAUCAAGUGCACAAGCUUCCAUCACUUGUCAUACUACAUGCUCGUGACUUGAGACUCCACCUCAUCAACGAGAACCUCAACUUCAAGGAGGUUUUGGGGUGGACCGAAACUUAGGAGCCAUCGUCUGGCUCACGACGUGAAAGAAACGCUUGUUGGGAGGCAACCCAACCAGUCGGUUUGCAUUUCUUUCUCUAUUUCUCCUCGGUUGAUUCAGUUUUGUUAUUUGAUUUUAGAGUCAAUAACUCAACCUUUGUGAGAUUUUGUAUGGUGUUUGUGUUCCGACUACUCUCUCCUCCUGGAAUGCACCGCCUGCCUCGUCCACCAUCAUUCACCCUUGAUCUGGUAACUUCGUUCUACCCUCCUUAUAUUUCCUCCAUUGAGGACAAUGUCGUGCUUAAGUGUGGGGGGGAUGUUCAAUUAUGUAUGCGGGUGAAUGUUUGGCUGUUUGUGUGCUUGGAGCCUAGUCCACUGUCCAAAUUUUUAAAUUUGAGGGCUCCAAGUACUGUUCCCUGCAAAAUCCUGCUCAGUAUGCUUUGAAUUGACAGUCUCUAUAGUAAUGUGCAACCUAGGGAGGUAGUGUAGAACUAUGGAGGAUGUUGAAGUAUAAGAUUUUUCCUAUCUGUCUCUCUGCUGUGCCGGUUGAUUUUUUGAACUAUUGGAUUUAGGACCGUUGAUUCAUGUGGUAUUGAUGACUCCUCUUAUGUUGUGUUGUGGGCUCGUGUAUCGAAAAGGGUGCUCAAGUGUGAAAUGAAAAAAAGCAGUGGGUCCUCCAUGUCAAAAAUUUGAAAUUCUAAGACAUGGGGUAAGCCCAACGUGUGCGGCACCGUUCAUUGCACAAAAUCGGGGUUUGGAAGAGAUUUUAGUGAUCCUUGGUGGGGUAGGCCUAAAAGGUGAAGCUAAGUUGUCUCUAGUACAAGUAAAAUUUCCACCCGUUGAACGGUUUGCCUACUUGAGGAUGUAUUUUUAAGGGCACGGAUAGAGCUUCCGACCCCCCUUAAUUCCAUUGACCCUCCACACGAGUUGAGGAAAAGGAGUUAAAAGAAGUACUCUAGCGAGCGCCAGAUGUACAGAAAUUGCUCUUGCUCGACCAAUAAGGGUCGACCGUGCAAAAGACUGCAGUUGGAACCCCCACCAAGUGAAUAAAAAGAAAAAAAAAGUAAAAUGAAAGUGAAAAAGGGGUUCCAACGGUGAAAUGAAGUGAAAGAGCACCACAGUACAACGAGUCCUUGGUUGUGAAUGAUAUGAGUCCCUUUAUCCAUGAACUGACUGUCUUACUUCUACUUCUUCUCAUGAUCCUAGCUUGAGUCUAGUACUCGCAUUGAGAGAGAUAGGGGACGUCUUAGAAGACCAGUUGACCUCGUAAGCUGCUUUAUGAUCUAGAAAAUCCUCUACCGACGAUCGGGGUUGUUUGUUGCUAUAGAGGUCUGGAGAGCUGCAUUGGUUUGAGUUAGGUUUGCUUGGGGACAAGCAAACGGCUAAGUGUGGGGGAGUUUGAUAGACCAAUAAUUACACAUGUUUUUACCCCUAUUCUUGAGCCGUUUGAGAUGUUGAUUCUCUUGUUUUAGGCCGAUUUCACGCUAGGUUGUUCUUGUUUGUGAUAUUUCAGGUCCUAGUACGUGAAUGAAGGUUUAGGAACGAGUUCGGGGUCAAUUGGACAAAGUUUGGACGUUUGGCGAGAAGCUGGGAAGCCACAUGGGCACCAUUGCACCUCACACGACCGUGUAGGGGCCCCUUGUGACCGUGUGAGGGCUCGGUAAAAGCCGCACGGGCAGCCUGGGGAGCCACACGGCCGUGUGGCCUCUGCCCGUGCAGCUUUCCUGGUUGCCCACUAAUCGAAACGCCGCGUUUGGACACUCACACGGGCAGCUGGGAAAGUCACACGGCCGUGUGGCCUGGCCGUGUGAGUCGGGAAUUUCUGGUUUUAAGCCAAUUUCGAGCCAAAGGAGAGGGAGAGCUAGGUUUUGGUUCCCAAACACCCAAGGGACGAACCCUAGAGAGAGAGCGACUUGGGAACAUUCUUGGAGCUAUUUUGGAGGAUUUCUUCACCAUUGCAGGUCGGGAAUCAAGCUUGGAGAUAGAGAUUGAAGAUCAAGAUCAGAUUUUUGCAGUCUCUCUCUUCUCUAUGGAGUAACUUCCCUUCACUUAGGUUUUGAGGAACCCUAGUUCCAUGUGUUAGGAUCUUAUUUGUAUGAAGUUUUGGAUGCUAUAUUGUUUGAUUAUAAUAACUUGAGGCAUGAUUUAUAGAGUCAAUUGAAGCCUGGUCAUCUUCUAUUGAUUUCUGCUUUAACCUAUGAUAGAUAGAAUCUGAUUAGGUUAAGAGAGCUUCCUUGAUUGAUAGUGGUGAAUUGGUUGUGCGAGAGUCAAUCAAUUCACUGCUUUGUACUGGAAUUCAUUCCAGUAGUGGAGAUCUGUGUGAAUCGCCUUAGCAGUCUAUCCCGGUGAAGGCUAGUCGCCUGCUGGGUAUUUUGUCUAAGAGGGCUUGGUCAGCUUAAGAGAUUCCAAGCUAAUUUAGGAUCUUCCGCAGUUUAAUCAACAGUAGAUCUACCAAAGGUAAUUGCAACUUGGACCUAAUUGAGGAGCUAUGGGGAAUCAUACCUAAGUGAGUUCCCAACUUGUAAUUAGUAGAGUAGUUAGUAGAGUAGUUUAGUAAAUCAAUAAUUAAUCUAGUUUGCUAGAUAAUGAACUGAAGCUGAGUAAUAGUAACUCUAGAGACCCGUGGAUUCGAUAUUUAUUACUUGUGCCACUAUACUGCAGUCCCUUUCAUUGGUUACACUUGACCAUUGUUAGGUGUUUUGUCGUAGCGUGUCAGCCGCGGUUAAUCAUUCCCCGUUAUUCGGCUAGCCGAAACCCUCUGAUGAGCAUCCGAACACCAAUCAAGAUCGGUUUUUGCCGAUUUUUGGUUAUAACCAGCGGCUAACCGGCAACCGAUUUACCGGCCCUUCUUGGGAGCAAUUUGGUUUCCUCGGUUCUAACCACAUUAAUAUCUUCGGAACUCAAAUUCAAAAGUUACACAAAAUAGACUAGUCAAACAAAAUUGUUUCAGCCCUAAAUAGCUAGUCCUAAACCCUAAAAUAAACAACCUAGGCUAGGUUACCUAGCCCGAUCCCAAUAGAAAAAACCUACCUAGUUUCCUUUUAUGUCAUUACCUCUCAUAAAUAGUAUUUCUUACGGCGGAAGAAGGGGGAAUUCUGUAGUGCAGUCACGGCAUCGGUGCCGUCAUAUUUUAAUAACCGGUUAAGAUGAUUUGGUUAGGGAUUUAUUGGAUGGGCCAUUGGGUCUGGUUUACUUAUUUAAUUACUAAAACAUAAAUUAAAAAGCAAAAGCAAAGAAAGGCAGCCACGAUUUCCUUUCUCUUCCACUCUGUUAUUGAUGCUUCCUCUGUGAAGCAAUGCGCCAAUUCCAAAGUCGAGUCGGCAGACCACCAUCAUCGUUGUUUAUGUCUUAUCAAAAUCUCAAACCCUUCAUCAGUGAAAAUCACCACAGUAAUCAGCUUCGUUGUAGCCGUCUGGUCAUUGCCGAAUCGUUUAUGUCGCGAGGAUUCACAAUCAACAUCGUCAGUCAUUGCCGCCGAUCGGCCAUCACUACCUAGAUCCCGAAUCCCUCCAGUCAAAUUCACCACCGUUAUCAACCCUAUUGACGCCGCCCGGUCAUCCCCAUCAUCGUCUUUGUUCUACCAAUCCACCACCAUCAUCGUUAUUCCCAUCACCACCCACAUCCCGAUCUUCGUUUUAACAGUCACCGAUUCAAUUUCCGUAUCCAAUUUCAAUUUCCCAAUUCGCCGCCGAGAAAGGUCGUCAGAGACUCAGAGUAGAAUGGUUUUCAGUGACUUUUUUAGAGACUACGAUGUUGUCGUGCUAGAUAGUAGGAAUAGUGUGUGAUCAGAUUGAGAAGAAGCAGAUGACCCUUAUGCCUGAACUGUGAAUUCGACUUUUUUUUUUUGCCACCUACCCUUUCCGCCGGUGUUCAAGAGAUACUGAUUGCACUUCUAUUUUCCUCGAAAAUCUGUACGGCUGGGGCAAAAUUAUUUUGGAACGAGAUGCAACUAAAUAAAUAAAUAAAUUUUUACGAUUAAUAGACAGGAUUUUCCAAUAAAGAAUGUAAAUAUGAAACGGGUUCAACCAGGUUUACCCAUUCUGGUUAAGUAAUGGUUAUUAUCAAUGGCCAUCAUUAAAUACUGUGAAUCCAUCGGCUAAAAAGUAGGCUGCACUAAUGCCGGCACGGCACUGCAGAAUCUGCCCGGAAGAAGAAGAAGAAAAUUCCUGUCGGCCAAUAGUAAAUUUAUUACGGGCCCUCUUCCUAAAGCAACACGAUCUGUCCCACCGACAGCAAACCCACAGGCCGGCAAUGGGCCAUGGCCCUAAACUGCGCCGGCGAAGUAUCCGUCGCCACCGUUUAAAUGAGCCAACCCAACUAAUUAAUUUCAACAAAUUGGUUGGGAGAUGAAUCUUAGAUUUUUUUUUAAUAUAUUUGUGGUUCCAAAUAAUCACAUCAUUUAUUAAAAAUAACAUCGUGGCCUCAACAAUACAGCAAGUUGAUAACAAGUCACACGAAGAAGAGUGAAGAAUAUAAGAUCAGAGCAGUUGAAGCAACACUACAGCUAAAAGUGUAAUGGAGAACAUGGGAGAAAGUUAGGAAAACUUCACAUGACAACUUCACAGAGGUUUCCUAUAAGUAUCCGACACAAAGGGAGAUGUAACAACAACAAAUUACACAAACAACCGUGUCUCAUUUUAUAUUUUCCCUCGGUAACAUAACUCUUAGUUGCCAUUUGCGAAUAUUAUAUAUCUUCGUUAGAACAUUAUCUGAAAAGACAUGACUUGUAAUAAUGUCUUUUUAAUUUCCAGAAAUCAAUACAAUAGACAUUUCCAACUCCGUUCGGUGGAUAUUUGACGAUUGUCUUGGUUUACAAAAGUCAUAGGUGCACCGAUCAAAUCAACACCUUCGAGUGGAUAUUUGACGGUCGUCUUGAUUCCAGCAGUCAAUGGUGCAUCCGAUCAAACGACACUACAAAAGUUUCCACCACGAAACAAUCAAAUCAACAUCGCCGGAAACAAAUUCGGCACUAGCAGUGGAUAUUUGGUUUUGUGCGAAACAGCCUGCCUCCAAGCUCCCGCCAACCGCCAAUCCAUCCAAACAUCGCAUCACAAGCCAAAGUUGCAUGGAUAGUUAGUAAAAUACGGUAAGAGAAAGUUACGUGUAAAAUACAUACGGAUAUUUUACUCCAUCUCUAAACUAAUGUUAGAUUUAGGAGUAUGUUAAUAGUCAUAAUAUAUAAAAUUAAUUACUUUAAACCUAAAUAAAUAUAUAAAUAAUAAUAAAUUUAAAAAUUAAAU